AUGAGAACAUUUUUGAAACUUUUGAUUUUUGCACUCGGAGCGCAUGCUAUCACUUUAUUCACAUCGACUAGUGGUGAGACUUUCACGGGCAGAUGGAUAGUGCUGGAUGCCAGCUCGAAAUUGACUUGCUUCUACGAGACUCUUGAAAAAGACAUGAAUAUAAAAUUAGAUGUUAGCCCUACAAUAGAGGAAAAAACCUAUCUUACAAUGCGAUUGACUUCUCCUACGGGAAAAUUUACUGAUGUUGAUGCUGGUGAAGGGGGUGCAAGGCUGGAGCACAAUACAACAGAAGAUGGUGACUACGAGAUAUGUUUCACUUCAUCUCAUUACACAAGAAUAGGUCUCCACAUAUUCUUUCAUCAUCCACACAAAUACCAAAAAGCAUUAAGAGAAUUUCUUCAACUUCACGCGCUUAGCGCGAAUAUAACGGACUCCAUGCAUACGCUUUCCGAACGAACAAUGAACAUCUACGAUCACAUCAGAACCUACAACAAGGUAUCAUUUCGAGAUCAAGCAAUGCAAGCGUCAAAUUCAUACUACAUCAAAGCAUAUGUGAUCAUAUUCUGUAUCACAAAUGUUAUCGUUGGCGUAGUACAAGUGGCCAUCUUUCAUAGAAUGUUUAGCACUGACAAGAAAAUUCGUGUCUGA